AUGUCGUCACUGACGAUCGAAUCAUCGCACGAAUUAUUGGCUCAAAUCAGUCAACGAGCUGCUGAAUCAUUGGAAAAUCAUGGAGAGAUUACGGAAGGACAAACCGAAGCUCAGCCUGGAUCAAAUAAUAAUGAGCACACCGAUGCCUCACCAUCACCCGAUCAAUCCAUCAACAAUUUUGACAUCGAAGCUCAACAGAAAGCUUUGCAACGUUUGAUUGGCAAUCUCCGGAACCCAUUCGCGAUCAGCGGUUUACCGCCAUUUCUCUCGGUGUUGCAGCAGAAUCCAUUGCAUCUACAACAACAGCUGCUAAGUUUGGCGUCAGUGAGCGGCGCGAAUCCAGAUGACGAGGAUGAGUCGGAGAAUUUGGGAGGUGGCGAGCCGGAGGACUUGUCGAUUGGAUUUAAAAAGGAUAAAAAAGAUGAUGGAGAGAUGACACCGAUUGGUGCAGGACAGCCAAAUUGGAGCUACGAAGAGCAAUUUAAACAGGUUCAAAAAUUUGUUUUCUUAAAAUUCUCU